UUAUCAAAGUCUAUCACUCGUGUAUUACUCGUAAAAAUGAAAUGGAAUAGAGUGGGGCUCUGUGAAGCUAUUAUCAUUUAAGGUCUCCACCGCCUUGCCGAGCUCCAACUAGACGGUUAAACGAGACUGGUACAGAAAAUAGUAUGAGUAACUGUAUGUCUUGUCGAGUGAACGGACAAAAAACGGUGAAAAGUGGGCUUUUGACCUGAUUAAACUGCACGUCUUUCAGCUGACGUGCAUUUGAUUAUGGUUGGCUGGUCAAUGAACCGUGACAUUAUUUACCCCAAGAUCAAACACAGUGUUCUACGUAUUGCUCGAUCAACAACAGCACUAAUGAGAAUGCAGAAACACUCACUAGUGUGUCACUAUGUGAAAAUCGGCUGGUUCUCAGGGUGGGGGCUCGUCGGACGGUACGCACACGCUACCAUCGCAAGAAGCUUGGCUAUCGCAACAGUCACUGGCCUUUUUGCACCUAUCCUGAUUUGCGCUACAGGUUGGUCGCCUUGCUGCGACAGACAUUAUAGAUGCUGUCAAUGCAACAGUAAAGGCGAGGAAGAAGAAACGCAUUGUUUGUUUGAG